GCCGUUUCGCGCUCUCUGCUGUGUUUACGUUUGUUUGGGAUAUUAAAAGCCGCUUAUGUUUCGGUUAUGAGCGUUAAUAACCACACAGCGCUUCAGCGCGUCUGAUGUCGUCGCGGUAUGCUCGCUCAGACAGGAUUUAGUCGCGUCUGUGAGUUAAUAUCCACCGAAGAUGAAGAUGAGGUGAUUCUACAAUGAGCGCCCAUCAGAGAACGUUAUUCCAGUCCUGGGGCCGCAGAGACCCGAGCAAAACCAGCGCCAGACCAGAUCCCGCAGCGGCUCCUGAUGAAGAUGAGGAGGAUGAUGAUGUGAUGCUGGUGGCUGUGUACGAGGCCGAGCGCUCGCUGCAGGCCGCUCCGGAGCUGGGCUUUGACCCCUCGGCGGGCCGCGUCUGGAUCUACCCCGUUAAUUACCCGCUCCGCGAGUACCAGCUGCGGAUCUCGGAGGCGGCGCUGCUGCAGAACACGCUGGUCUGCCUCCCCACCGGCCUGGGCAAGACCUUCAUCGCCUCGGUGCUCAUGUACAACUUCUACCGCUGGUUCCCCUCCAGCAAGAUCGUCUUCAUGGCUCCCACCAAACCGCUGGUGGCCCAACAGAUCCAGGCCUGCCACGGGGUCAUGGGCAUCCCGCAGGAACACAUGGCCGAGCUCACUGGCUCGACGGCGGCGCAGCAGCGGCGGGAGCUCUGGAGGGCCAAGCGCGUCUUCUUCUUGACUCCUCAGGUGAUGGUGAACGAUCUGAGCCGUAACUCCUGUCCGGCCGCACAUGUCAGGUGUGUAGUGAUCGACGAGGCACACAAGGCCACCGGGAACCACGCGUACUGUCAGGUGAUUCGUGAGCUGAGCAACCAAACGCAGCAGUUCCGCGUUCUAGCGCUCAGCGCCACACCUGGAGGAGACCUCAAGGCGGUGCAGCAGGUGAUCUCUAAUCUGCUGAUCUCUCACAUCGAGCUGCGAUCGGAGGACAGUCCAGACGUCCAGACGCACGUCCAUCAGCGCAGUCUGGAGAAGAUCGUGGUCCCGCCGGGAGAGACGCUCGCGCAGUAUCAGACGCGAUACCUGCAGGUUUUGGAGAAGUUCACGUCCCGUCUGACCCAGAUGAGGCUGUUGAAUCAGCGUGACCUCCGCUCCUUCACAAAAUACCAGAUCAUUCUGGCCCGAGAACAGUUCAGACGCAACCCGCCGCCACACAUACAGGGGCCGCAGCAGGGCGUGAUCGAGGGAGAUUUCUCCAUCUGCAUCAGUCUGUAUCACGGCUAUGAGUUACUGCAGCAGAUGGGUGUCAGAUCUCUCUUCCUCUUCAUUCAGAACAUCUUCUCUGGACCCAAAGAGUCGACUCGUGUGAGGAACGAGCUCCAGAGGAGUCCGGUCUUCAUGGAUCUCUACAGGGAAAUGGAGAGCAUGUUCGCCACAGCGAGCCGAGAGCCUAGAGAGCCGUAUGUCUACAGUCACCCCAAACUACAGAAGCUGGACGAGGUUGUGCUGCGGCACUUUGAGACGUGGGCCGAGAGCUCAGAUGCGAAGGCGUCCGCUGCGGAGAGCACACGCGUGAUGAUCUUCUCGUCCUUCCGCGAGAGCGUGCAGGAGAUCGCGGAGAUGUUGAGCCGUCAUCAGCGGCUGGUGAGGGUCAUGACCUUCAUGGGUCAAGCGUCGGCCGGGAAAGGGGUUCGAGGAUUCACGCAGAAAGAACAGCUGGAGGUAUAUGAGCGCAUGUUCACAUCAGACCUAGAGCGUGUGUGUACGUAUAACCAGAGCCAGAGCAACCGGCGCAGCAUCAACAAGAGCAUCAUGGGAAACAAGCACAGUUUCCAGAUGUUUGCUCACAGUCCGCGCAUGCUGCCCGCGGGGGUCACGCCGACGCUGCACAAGAUGCACAUCAGCUGCGGCCGGUUCGAGCACAGACCGGUGAAGGGCCGCCGCUCGUCGCUCGCUCUGCAGAUCAACGGAGGAGAGCAGAAGUGUGUGAAGGACGACGGGUUUCUGACCGCAGCUGAAGAGGCCGAGUGGAUGUCCAGCAUGAGACUGUCUUCAGAUGAACCUCAGCCGGUCUUCAGACCGUCGACGCUGCUGACCUUCAGUGACGAGCCGUCGGAGCAGUGUUUCAGUGAAGUGUGUGUGUCUGGUCCGUGUGUGUCGGGGCCCGUCCGAGAGCUGUCUCUAUGGGAGUGGAGAGACUGGCAGAAUGGGCCGCUCCACACUCACAGCGUGGGACAUUCGGAGCGAUGCCUCCAUUUCACCUCCAUCAUGGAGCUGAUCGACCGGAUGAGACAGGAGGAGCAGGACGACUGUAGUUUUGAGUCUGAGCUCAUGCUGUAUCUGCAGAAAGAGGAUGAUGAUGGUGGAGGAGCAACAAAACCCAGCGCGGACGAAAUCACUCGACAGAAGAAGACUAAACCAAACACGGCUGAUCGUGAGAGGAGACUCACUCAUGCUGACCACUGCUUAGACGAAACCCGUGAAGAUCAGAGAGGAGAGGACAACAGCAGAUCUGUGACGUCUGCAGAAAACACAGAGAAGUGUUUAAAUCCGAGCGCCGGGAACGAGGUGGAUCUGAUUGAUCUGUUAGAAGAAGACCCCUGCGUUCAGGAGAAUGAGAGCUCAGAUCUUCAGCACAUGUUCUAUCAGCCUGAACUCCGUCCUAAACGCUGCCGUCACAAUCUGACCACCGCAGCUUUUCGGACCAUCCUCGCCAACGUCAAAGAUCUCCUGUCCAGAUCUCCACCGAAGAACUGUGAGUUUGAUCUCCCAGAGAUCAGCACAAACCUCAGUGAUCCACCACUGAUUGAUCCGUUUCAAGUGACGUUCAGCCUGAUCGCUGACGAGCCGUCGUUUAUUGAAGAGGAGCGUGACGUGGAUCAGAAACCAGCAGGAGAUGCUCUUUCUCCAGGCUGGGACCAGCUGUUUGACGACGCUGAAGAGCCAAAGAAAGACCAGGGGAGCUUGAACGAGAGCGUCGACCUGUUCGGAGACGAUGAAGCGUUCCUUCUGAUGAGCGUUCCUGACGUUCAGACGCCCGACAGAAGCACAGGACCUGAAGGAAAGCAGCAGGCUCCUGCUGACGGAAGCAGAGGAUCCGAGCAGGACUUCAACUGCUCGCAGGACUUCUUCUCUGUCAACUUUGAUCUGGGCUUUGACUCUGAGGAGGAGGAACCGACUGAUCUGGGAGCAGCAGACGUCACUGCAUCAGCUGUGAAAGCGCCUCCGGUCGGAGGAAACCCGGCGCUCUUGAGAUCUGAGCGAUCGCCGCGGGUCUCAGAUCAGUGUAGGACGAGACCCAGCGCUUCCACACCAAACCACACGAUCCUGCCUCCACUGGGCCGAAGAGCAGAAGAUCAGCCGAGCUCGCGUCCAUCAGCGCUCCGAUCCGCACACACGAGGCCUCAGUGCCGGCCCUCAUGCACAGGCGUGUUGAGCAGUGACAGCGAGGAUGAGACGAAUCUGAGGACUCAUAAAAUCAAUCCGGUGUUUUCUCCAGAGCAGUCAAAGAUCUGCAGUGACGUUGAUUCUCCCGUUCAAGCUCGUCGGAAAUGUGCGGCUGCGUUAAACACGUCUGAGGACAGUGAUGGUGAUCUGCUGUCAGAUGAUGAUUUUCAGGACGUCUCCCUUCAUCAGCCCAGAGCUGUAGAGCCGCGUCACGUCAGGAAGCCUCAUAAGGUCCGUCGCGAGGGCCGGCAGUUUCUGGAUGAGGAGGCCGAGCUCUCUGAAGAUGAAGAUGUUUCCUCCGAUGAAGAUGAAGGAGAUGAACAUAACCACUCGCUGCAGGGGUUUGUGGUGAACACGACUCAAUGCUCUCAGGGUCUGAACGACUCUGAGAUGCAGGCGUUCUAUCUGAAGUCUGUGAGGAGUCCAGCGGUGCAGAACCGGGACCGAAUGACGUAUAAACCCAAACAUAGCGUGGAUAUCUUCUCACAGAUCCCAGAACAGGACGAGACGUACGGCGAGGACAGCUUUGUGGUUCAUGGGAGUGAGGAUGAGGAGGGUGAGAGUGGCGGUGAUGAAGAGCCUGUGGAGGUGAUCCAUGAAGACUCGUACGUCGACGGGAGGAAACAGUACGCCACGCGCCGCAGAGUCCAGAUCAGAGGAGUCCAGUCAGAGAGGAACGGGCAGAGCAAACGCUCGCGGAUCAUCCGGGUCCAGGACUCCAGUGAGGAGGAGGAAGAGCAGACAGGCUCUGUGUUUACAGACCCGCAGCGUCUCCAAAGCGCCUCCGGACCGACGGAUCGAGACGACAGGAAGCGGCAGAGACUCAGCGAUCAGGCGGCGCUGUCAGACGAGCUCGACUUCCUCCCGGAGAAGCAGGGGACUGCAGUGACUGCGCAGACGCAGAUCCCGCCGGCCGCAGACGCUCCUCUGAGAGUGCUAGUGGACAGCCGCUGCAUCAGCGGGGGGUCAGAGGUCGUGUCCCGUCUGCGUCUGCGACACGGCCUGCAGGUUCACGUCUGCUCUCUGAUCAGCUCAGACUUCAUCGUGAGCAACCGCAUGGCAGUGGAGCGGCAGAGCGAGUCCGAGCUCGCCAGCGUCCAGAACCGCAGACGGCUGCAGGACAGAAUGCAGGGGCUGCAGGCGGCGUUCGAGCGCGUGUGUCUGAUCAUCGAGAGAGACCGCGCCAAACCUGGCGAGAUGGUGCGAGUGUUUCAGCGCAGCCGCUGUUACGACGGGACGUUGGCGGCGCUGGUGAAGGCCGGCGUGCGGCUGCUGGUCAGCAACGGUCCAGACGACACCGCCGCUCUACUGACCGAACUCGCACAGGUGGAGCAGAGGAAAGGUCAGGCCAUCAGCGUGCCCCUAGAGGUCAAAGGUCACCGGCAGCAGGCUCUCCAGUUCUACCUGACGCUGCCUCACGUGAGCUACGUCAGCGCGCUGAACAUGUGCCAUCACUUCAGCUCCGUCAGUCACAUGAUCAACAGGUGCGCUCAUUCACAUCCGAUGCUCCUGAACAGCAGGUGUGCUUUAUUAAUGUGCGUCAGGGCCGUAACCACCAUAUCCCCCCAAAUAAUUAGAAAUGGCCAAUCUGUCCCCCCAGUAUCUGAAACUCGUGCACUGAUCUGCUGCACUCCAUUACGCAGCGCUCUGUUUUUAGUAGGGAUGUAACGAUGAACCACAAG